AUGUUCUCCCAUGAAGAAAAGUGUGAUAUGCUAGAAUGCUAUUUACAAGACAGUGAAUUAUAUCCCGCUCGCAUUCAACCGUAUGAACGAUAUUUUCUGAGACUUUAUCGAAAAUUUAGGGGCAACGAAAAUGUUUUUGCUAAAACAAGGGCAAAAAAAGAAUUCAUAAUAAGCGAGGCCACGGAAAUUGCAGUUAUUGGAUAUUUUGAAGCUUAUCGUGAGAAUUCAAUAGCAGAUAUUCUCAAGGACUCUAAUUUCAGUUAUGGUACUGUUCAAAGGAUUUUAAAAAAAUACAAAUUUAUUCCGUAUAAGUACCGACCAGUUCAAACGCUUUUGGCAGGGGAUCCAGAGAGAAGACUUGUUUUUUGCCAUUGGUAUCUUAGCUUCUGUCGCCAAAAUGUAAAUAACUUUCAAAAUCUUUUGUUAGUACAUCCAAGAGGCCCACAAGUCCGUUUCAGUUUCAACGUUUGGUGCGGUAUAAUUGGUUCAAAAAUUGUUGGCCCGUUCUUUUAUGAGGGAACCCUAACUGGUGAAAGAUAUGUGGAAUUUAUGUCAGAAAUUCUGACUAAUUUCUUAGACGAAUUGGAUCUUAUAAGUAGACAUCAUCUGCAUUUUCAGCAAGAUGGCGCACCUGCCCACACCUCCAGAGGUACUUAUCAUUUUCUAAGUACUACUUUUAAUGAUCAAUCACCAGAUCUAAACCCACUUGAUUACUUCUUGUGGGGUUACUUAAAGAACCAAAUUUACAAGCGAAGGUACGAUAACCUUGACGCGUUAAAGACUGCAGUUAGGGAAAAGAUAACCCAGAUAGAUAGUAGGACCAUACUUAAGACAGUUCGAGCAGUUGAAAAACGUGCCCAAAAAUGUAUUGAAGAACAAGUCAUUAGAAAAAUGGAACUCAACCGAGAACAUUUUCGCGCCAUAAUUUAUUACAAUUUUCAGAGACAAUUAUCGCAACAAGAAUGCCUUGCUGAGUUACUGUCUGCGCCACAUCAGUCGACAACUUCCCGUUGGUAUGGCGAAUACAAACGUGGACGGGUGAGUCUUAGCGUCGAUCCCAGUACGGGUGCACCAAAAACGGCAGUAACCCAGGAAAACGUCGAUGCUAUUGAGGCGUCCUUGAAAAUCUCAAAGACCUCAAUUCAAAAAAUUUUACAUGUAGAAUUAGGAGUAAGAAAAUUAUUGACUGAAGAGCAGAAAGCAGUCAGGGUUGAUUGGUGUCAAAAAACGCUUGACCGUUUUAAUUCCGGAAACUCAAAAAUGUGUAUCUACAGCAUUUUGGCUGUUUGGGUGUUCCAAGGUGAAGAAAAGCCAACAAAAGUCAUCCGUUCUCGAAGUGUUCCGAAAAAGAUGGUCGCGACAUUUGUGUCAAAAGCGGGUCAUAUUGCAACAAUUCCUCUUAAUGAGCAAAGAACUGUUACUGUGGAUUGGUAUACCACCAUUUGUUUGCCAAAAGUCAUCACCGAGCUUCGAAAAGUCAACCCCGAAAGAAGGAUCAUCCUCCACCAAGACAAUGCAAGGUCGCACACAACCCAAAAAACAAGGCAGUAUUUAACGGAAGAAAACGUGGAGUUAUUGGACCAUCCUCCAUAUAGUCCCGAUCUAAGUCCUAACGAUUUCUUUACUUUCCCGAAAAUUAAAUACAGACUGCGUGGUCAAAGGUUCCAGUCACCAGAAGAAGCAAUGUGUAUUAAUCUUCGUGGAGAAUACUUCGAAAAACAAUAA